AUGAUUAUAUGGGCAGUGUAAGGUUUUACAAGAUCUAUUGCUCACGUGCCAUUUCACAAAGUUAGACUAGAGUCAAGCUCAACAGGGUCUUCUUUCCCCGCUGAUUAUUCUAAACCCGUUCCCUUAGCUAUGGGUUCGCUAGAUAGUAGAUAGGGACAAUGCAAAACAAAUAAACUGCUUUAAUUAUGUGUAAGUUUUAAUAGAAAAAAAUGA